UUGGAAAAAAAUGGAUGGGAUUUUCGGAUAUAUGAAUGGAAGAUUUGAAGUGUCUUUGGCAGAUUCUACCAUGAUGUGGAUCGUGCACUAUGCCAUGAACAGAGCUCAAGAGAAGAUGAAGACCAAAACAGGAGUGAUUGAGCGGUUGAAUGAGAUGUCAAAAUUUUAUGAGUUGGCAGUGAUGCAACUUGAAGGUUGUUUGAGCAUUGUUCAUGCAGAAACUGAAAGCACUUUUCUUGAAAGCAAUCAUGAAGAGGUACUUAAUGACUUGAGAGAAAUAAAAGAUCGCCUUCAAUGGCGUCUCAAGGAAUCUGAAUUAGCUAUAUUAGAGAAGGACAAAGAGUUGACACAGAGAUUAGAAAAUGAGUUACAACUCAAGCAUGCUUUAGAGGUAAAAGCAAGACAAUUAGAUUCUUUUGGUGUCAGUGUCAGCCAUGGUAUUGAAACAAGUAAUCUCAAUGUUGACAAUGAUGAAACAACACAAAAUGAUCACGGCAAUGGCGAUUUCUGUGAGUUGAGGACUAGGGUGGAUCAACAAAAGCUUGAGCCACAACAUGGCAUGUUGAGUGAGGUACAAGUACAGCAAAGUGGCAUUGGCAGGAAAAGGGUUGAAGAGAUGGAUUCAGACAUAGACAUACUAAAGCAGACUAUGGAUCUUGCUUUUGGAAAGAUGCAAAGUGCCCUUUUCUUGUGUGAGAUGAGGCCAAAAGAGAGGCAAUGGAAGUUGAGAAUUGAAAAAGAUGUGAUGUCUAUAUUAAUUGGAAGUUUCCUUAGGGAGUUCCAAGAGAAUAUUGAAGCAGAACGGAGAGAUGAGAAUCAGGUUCUCAAAGUUUUGAAGGAGCAUUUGCCUCGAUUUAUGAAUGAGUUCACAAGUUUACAGCAUGAACUCGCUGUUUUACAUGAAACAUGUCAUGAGGAUUCUGACUGUUCAUCCCGUUCGUCGCCAUCAAAGCCUUCAUCACCAGAAGGAAGUCAUGAAAUACCUCACAGGUUCCCUCAAAAGGUGGAAGAGAUAGAUAUGGAGGAAAAGACACCAGAAGAUGAAGAGAAUGAAGAUGGAAGCAAAUAUGUUGCCAAGUUGAUAAAAAAUCAUGAGUCUAUUAUUCGCCGAAAGAGUGAAGAAAUGAAUUGGAGUAAGCAUGGAAUACUACAAGAGGUAAAUACCUCAUCCUCCAGGAAAAAACGGGUACUAAAUCGCGUGAGAGAGAGAAUCCAUGCUGUCUCACAAAAAUUGGACAACUUUAUACAUCGAAAUGCUAAACUUUGUGAAUCUCUUUUCAACCAAAAAGCUUUUCACAACAAGGAACCAUUUUCAGGUAGGAAGUUGUCAGAAGUGAAUGAGAUUCAUACUAGCAAGGAUGUUGAUAAUCAGGGAAGUUCUAUGGAAAAGGUAAAAGGAGUCUCUGAUGCAGCAAAUAUAAAACAGGAGGAAUUAAUAUUUGGUUGCAAAUCCUGCAAUUUUGACUUGGAGAAGCAAAUACAGGAGCAUGUACAUAAAUGUUACCUAAGGGAAGUUAUCAAUGAGUGGAAUUCCCACAUUGAAGCAAACACAAUUGAAAGGAAAAUAAGAGACGAAAUAAAUUUGAUUGUCUUGUCUGAGGCAGUUAUGGAUAUCACUGGAAAUCAAGAAUUUUCCCUAGUCAAGGGACAAGGUGAAGAAGCUAAGGAACAUUGUUUACAGUGCUCAACAUCUAAUAACCAACUAGAAAGAACAAAGACGGUGUCAUUAGAGAGUAUGUAUGCAUGUCUAAUAAAUGAGGAUGUAUGCAUGCUUAUCUUCAGGAAAACUGUUGAUGAAUUCAACAAAAUGAUGGUAGGUUGUGAAGCAGACAGUGUCAUUAGAGAGCAUAUACAUCAGAUUGUCUUUGGUGAAACGUUGAAAAAUUUUGUCAAUAUUGCAAGUUCUGCUUCAGAGGAGAAUCAAGAAAACAGCAUUCAGAAUAAUUUUCUAGAUCAGUUACAGUUUAUAAUCAUUGAAAGUUUUCUGAAGGAAGAUGUCUGUAUGGUUGUAUUCAAAACUAUGCUUAAGGAAUGGCAGUUGCAACUAGAUAACUAUUGUAUUGAGAACUUCAUCAGGGAGAAGAUACACCAAGUUAUCAUGCUUGAGAAAUUGAAUGAUGCUUUUCUCUUGACCAUGGAAGUCAAAUCACUGGUUCAAGACAAUACCGUUGAAGAUAAUAAUACCAUUGAAGAUAAUUGCUCUACUAUGAUGUUAAAUCAAGUUCAGAAAGUUGAAGGAGAAGAGAAUUUUACAAUUAUAUUGUUAGAGUCUCUACAUAGUUGUUUUGAAGCAGAGGAGAAUCUAAUGCUAAGUGCAAAGUCUGAGAUCAAGGAACACAGCAAGCAACUUGACUUGGGUUCAGAACGUGGCGACCUACAUGAGCAUGAAAUAUUUGAAGAUUUGUUAACUGGUGAAGAACAGACAUUCUCUUCACUGACCAGCAAGGUGGAAAAUGUCUUGCAACAGUUAGGUAUAAGCAAGGCACUGCUAAGGAAAUUAGGCACCAGUUUAGGACACAGUUUGUGUGAGACACAAUGUUUUCAUAAUCAAAUGUCGACUAACGAGGAAGGUCAAUUAAAGCUGUCUUUCUCUACUCUUCUACCCCUUUUGAAUCUUGUACUAACAUUUGCAGAAUUUGGGGCAAUGAUAUGCCAGAAAUUUGAGAUGAUGACUACGAGGUUGGAAAAAAUAAAAUGUUGUUUGGAUCCGGUUAUUGAGUUGGUUGGUUGCUUGAGAAACAAGGAAUUGCUUUACCAGAAGGCAUUCAUUAGAAGGAGUCAGAAUCUCCAAAAAGCUGAAGCUGAGGUUGAUCUUCUUGGUGAUCAAGUGGAUGCACUUUUGACAUUACUCGAGAAGAUAUAUGUAACUCUUCAUCAGCACGCACCUGCUUUGCAGCAGUACUUUGAGGUCUAUGACAUUUUGGAGUUAAUGAAAAGAGAACUGAGUAGUGGAGCUGUUCAGGCUGCAAGUGUUGUGACCUAAAUACAUGCAUGUUUUUGUACUUCAUUUCUAGUUCUGUUUGCAAAAGGAGAGUACUAUUCAUGAAAAACAUAAAAAUUGUGUCUUAAAUCAAGAACUUCACAAGAAAAUAAGACUCAAACAUUCAUUCGUUUUUCUACUGAUAGGUGAUUUGGAAUGUAAAAAUGCAUGGCGGCCGCACUCUCUGUAUGUGGCUGGAUACAUAUAAUACCAAGUGUAAAUAAUUCACAGUUGACACACUU